AUGGCCCAAAACGCCGCCACCUACGCAGACUGCGUCGCCUCCCUCCGCUCCUCCCUCAACUUCCUCGAGUCCUCCGUCGCGACCCUCGACGCCGGCGUCUCGGACCUCCCGCGGUUGUCCUCCGUCCUCCGCCCGACGCGCCACUUCGAGCUCAUCCCGCAGCCGACCCUCGCCGCCGCCGAGGCCUCGCUCCGCGACGAGAUCGGCCCCCAGAUCGCCCUGCUCCUCGACCGCGCCGAGGCCCAGAUCGCCCGUCGCGAGAGGCGCAUCGAGACGCUGCAGGCCCGCUGCGAGCUGCUGCAGGGCCGGCUGGCGCAGCCCGAGGGGGACGACGGGUAUGGCGGCGCGGGGAAGAAGGGUAAGAGCAAGGGCCUGGGUCGGGGUGCGGGGACCAAGAGGCCGCUGGGUGGAGAGAGCGCGUUGCGCGCGAGAGCUGUGCGGCAGCGGAGGGAAGGACUGGAGUACAGCGUCGAGAGGCUCGAGUUGGAGGUCCUGACCAAGGAGAGGGAGCUGAGGAAAAGGUUGGACAAGGCAUGA